GAGCGAAACGUAGGCAAUGGUUGGAGCGUUGAUUAUCAUCUAUGUUUUGGCCGUAGCACCGGUGCACUUAGCUGAAGCUCGAAGUAGUCGCAACAAUUUCACGGCAACUCCUCGCAUAGUAGGUGGACAAGUGGCCCUAGGAAAUUAUCCUUAUAUAGUCUCGUUAAUGACCGACACGCUAUUCGGACGCUACCAUAGCUGCGGAGGAUCCAUCAUAAACCAGCAUACAAUAAUAACGGCUGCACACUGCUUGGCUCCAUCCUCCGCAGGUAUUUUAAAAGUUCGCGUGGGAGAAAAAUUAAGGAAGGUCGCCGAAGGAACGGUUUACGAUGUCUAUGCCAUACACUAUCAUCCGCAGUGGACGGCAGCAACUCAGGACUAUGACGUAGGCCUAGUUAGAAUCAAAGGAUCCUUUAUGUACACAGAUUCGGUGCAACCUAUCGCACUCGCGGAACCCAAGACCAAAAUUAGAGACGGCAGCUACGCAACAGUGUUAGGAUGGGGCUACACCAGCGACUGGGGGCCACCAUCUGACGAGUUAAGAAUGGCCAAAGUUCCAAUAGUAAGACAGUCAACUUGCAAUCGCCAAAUGGGUGGUCUGAUUACCAAACGCAUGUUAUGCGCAGGCUUUAAGAACGGCGGGGUCGAUGCCUGCCAAAUGGACUCCGGUGGUCCCUUGGUUUACAAGGAAAAACUCAUUGGAAUAGUUUCGUGGGGCGUCGGGUGUGCCCAGCGGAGCAGGCCAGGAGUCUACGCCCGUGUCAGUGAACUUUUACCCUGGUUAAACUCAACUCUACAAAAGCAGUACAAUGAAUAUCUAUAGAUGUUAUAACGGAAAAUAAAGGUCUUUAAAAUUGCAUACCCUCA